GUCUCCAGUUGACCGGAGUCUCCUCAACACUUCAGAGUUUCAGGAGGAGAAGAAGGUUUGAUUUGUUCUCAGGAGGAAAUAUUAUUUUUUGUUGUUGUUGUUGUUUUCUUGGAGCUUCCAGUCAGUUUUUAUGUGGAAAUGUAAAACUUAGAAASGCAUCAUGGGAUGAAUCUGAAAUCUGAAGAUGAGGAUGAUGUUCCGGUGAUGAAGACGUGUCGUGACAAAACUCAGAGACAACACCAUGGUGAAGGAGAGUUUGCCCAGCUGGGUCCACCAGGACUCUGACGAGGGGCUCGUCCACGUGAACGUCGGGGGUCUGAAGAGGAGCCUCUGUUCCAGCACGCUGAGGAAAUUCCCAGAUACCCGACUGGGAAAACUGCUGGCGUGUGACUCGGAGGAAGACAUCCUGCAGUCAGGAGAUAGAGUACUGGGGCAUCAACGAGUUCUURCUGGACACCUGCUGUAGCUACCGUUACCACGACCGCAAGCUGGAGAGCAGCCGACACCGCAGCUGGGACGACGAGAGCGACGUCAGCAGCGUCGACACGUCCGUGGACGAGAUCUCUGAUUUAAACAAAGACAUGCAGCAUUUUCAGGAGGUGCGUUACGGGAACGUCAAAAAGUGUUUGUGGCUGACGCUGGAGAACCCGGGAUAUUCCAUCCCCAGCAAGAUGUUCAGCCUGCUCUCCAUCGGAGUGGUGCUCACCUCCAUCGCCACCAUGUGCAUCAACAGCAUCCCAGAGUAUCAGACUUUUGACGCAGAUGGAAAGGUGAUCGAGGACCCGACCACCCAGGCUCUAGAGGUGUUUUGCAGCUGCUGGUUCACAUUUGAGGUCAUGACGCGGCUGCUGCUCGCUCCGAACAGGAAGAAGUUUUUCCAUCACCCUCUCAACAUCAUCGACAUGGUGUCUGUGGUUCCCAUCUACAUCACCCUGAUCUUUGACCUGACCGUGGGGUCUGAGUCYGAGCUGGGGAACCUGGGUCGACUCAUACAGGUGUUCAGGUUAAUGAGGAUCUUCAGAGUUCUGAAGUUGGCUCGACAUUCUACAGGUCUGCGUUCUCUGGGAGCAACACUCCGGCACAGUUAUCGUGAAGUCGGCAUUCUGCUGCUCUACCUGGGUGUGGGCGUGUCCGUCUUCUCUGGGAUCGCGUACACGGCUGAAUGUGAAGAGGACGUGGGUCUGGACACCAUCCCGGCCUGCUGGUGGUGGGGAACUGUGAGCAUGACCACGGUGGGCUACGGCGACGUGGUGCCCGUCACGGUGGCCGGCAAGCUGGCGGCCAGCGGCUGCAUCCUGGGCGGCACUCUGGUGGUGGCCCUGCCCAUCACCAUCAUCUUCAACAAGUUCUCCCACUUCUACCGCCGGCAGAAGGCGCUGGAGGCGUCGGUGAGGAACAACAACCGGAAGAAGGUGAGGAUGAGCUGCGAGGACGAGGAGUCGGACGGGGACAGCCGCUGCCUGGAUGACGACGACAUCGACAACAUGGAGGAGGACGAUAUCGAUUAUGAGGAUGAAGGAGGGGUGAUAAACUACAGCUACGUGGAGCACCCAUCGUGCUCGAGGAAAAAGGAGCUGUAUCAGCUGUGAAAUGUCCUCUGCUGUCAGAUAUGACGUCUGUGACUCACCGGAGUUUAACCACGCGCUUCAUAAACAUUAAAGCGUGGUCGAUGAUGCUGAACUGAAAAGAUUCAAGAAUUCUGGGGCUUCCAUAAAAACAUGAUUUACAGUUUGCUUUCAUUCAGGGUAUCUGGGCUUUUCUAAGACGSAAGUCGACCAAUCAGCCCACAGAUAAACUGAACUGAUGUGAAACAGCAUGCACACCUGUAAAGUUAAUAAAAAAAAAUACCAUAAAA